AGAAAAUAACACCUAUUUCUUUUUUCUUCUGUGUUCUCCUCACUUCUUUUGUUUCUUGUUCAGUCUCCCGUUUCUCCUUCCGGGUUGCAUUCCUCUGUUCUGUCAAAGCAAAGGGGUAUAAGAAAAAUCGAUUUUUUUGGGGAAGGGGAUUGCUUCCUGGUUUGAUUUAACAGACCGAGAAGAGUUUCAUUUUUUUAAAUUCUAUUAAUUUCGAUUUCCCCCCUCAGUUUCAAUAAAAAAAAAAAAGAAGGUUUUUGCGAUCUGGGUGAGUGCUAUUGUUUGCGUCAUUGGGUGAAAGAGCAUGUUUUGUUUCAUGGGUUUUGCUGAUUUGAAUCAUUCACCUCACCCCCGCGAGGCUUGUUGUAAGCGUUAUUGGAACAGUAACUAGCUUGUGAUGGUUUAUGUUACUGGGUUUGGUAAUAGACAUUGAUGGAGAAUCAUCAUCAUCAUCAUCAUCACCAUCAAAAACAACAGCAGCAGCAGCAUGAUCAGAAUAUGUGUGUGAAGAUGGAGAAGUUCCCGAGGGAUUUGCUUCAAGGAUUUGCUAUAUCAAGUGGUGGUAGUGAUGAUAACACAACCCAUCAUCAUCAUCACCAUCAUGAUCAACGUGGUGAAGAAGAACACGAGGAUGAAGAGGUUGAGUUGAACCUUGGUCUUUCCUUGGGUGGUAGAUUUGGGGUGGACAAGCACGCCAAGAAGAAGAAGCUUAUGCGUUCCUCUUCUGUGGUGGGAACAAUGCCUCUGUUCCGCGAGGACGACGCGGUGGCGCCGCCGCCGGCGACCUACCCUACCCUCAUGAGGACCUCGUCGUUGCCGACGGAGACUGAGGAGGAGUGGCGGAGGCGAAAGGAGCUGCAGACACUGCGGCGGAUGGAGGCCAAGAGACGCCGGUCGGAGAAGCAGAGAGUUUCCAGAGAGGUUGCCGGCGGGGGCGGUGGUGGUGGUUUUGAGGAAGUGGAGGGUGCAAGUGCAACAAUGGGAUUGAAUAGGUUUGGUUCUUCUACGGCGGCACCACCACCUUUUGUGUUGCCUAGUUGGGGUGUGGCGGCGAAGCAAGUUGUUCUUGGUGAUGUAUUGGGGAAAGGGAAGGUGGGUUUUCAGGGAUUGUUUGCACAACCAUCUUCUCAGGGUUCAGCAGAUUCUCAAGGGGGAAGCUCUUCAUCAGUGUCUGAAAUGGAGAGCAAGUCUUUUCUAGGAUCAAGCAGUUGUGGUGAAGCAAGAAGCCCUGCUAGUAAUCAAUCAAUACAAGAACGAAGCAGCCAGGGUGCUGCAGGUUCAUCAGUGGCAAAGACCAAUGAAAAUAUGACUAAGACUUCAAGAGCCGAGGUGGAGAAUCGAUCUAAGAAACCUGCAAAAAAUAUAAUGGGGAGGGAAAUUGGUACAAACUCAAUGGAAGACAUGCCUUGUGUGUUUACAAAAGGGGAUGGCCCUAAUGGAAGAAGAAUUGAGGGAAUCUUGUACAAAUAUGGUAAAGGUGAGGACGUGAGGAUAAUGUGUGUGUGCCAUGGAAACUUCCUCUCGCCGGCCGAGUUCGUUAAGCAUGCGGGCGGCGGGGAUGUUGCACACCCUCUUAGGCACAUUGUUGUAAACCCUUCUGCUGCUCCCUUUUUGUGAUGGAGUCCCCUUUACUUACCCUUCAACUGUAGGGCUGUAAUAUAGGUUACAUUGAAGAGAAUGAACAUUAGUUUGGUAGCUUUUUUAGUCUAUCUCCAUUUUUUCUUAAGGUCUUCAACGAAACAAUAUUAUAUAUAGACACAUGCAUGCCUUCCUUCUAGGAGGGAGCAUUAGAUUCCUCACUUUGACAUCCUUAUCAUCUGUUUUUCAUUUUUUGGUGUGCACCAUGAGUUUGUUUCAGUCGAAAGUCAAUGACUAAUCUCU